AUGUAUCACAUUGGCUUUCCUGUUGCGAAUCGAGCAUCCUUUGGCAUAUGGGGUAGUUUGUGGCCAGUCUUUAACCGUGCCGCCAUGGCAUGCAUCUGGUAUGGAGUCCAAGCCUACAUCGGAGGCAACUGUGUGUAUCUUAUGAUUCGUUCAAUCUGGAAAUCAUGGGAUCGCACCACGAUGCCUGGUCCUUUUGAACCGGGCGUGUCAAGCACGCCAGACUUUGUGUCGUUCUUUAUUUUCUGGCUUUGCUCCCUCCCUGCCAUCUGGUUCCCCGUCCACAAGAUUCGACAUUUGUUUACCGCCAAGGCGUAUUUCGUCCCACCAGCGGGCAUUGCCUUUUUGAUCUGGGCUCUUGUGCGCGCUGGAGGGGUCGGUCCUAUUGUUAAAAAGUCAAACACGAUACACGGCGGUGACCUGGCUUGGGAAAUGGUCAAAGGCAUCAUGUCGUCAAUCGCCAAUUUUGCCACUCUUAUCGUUAAUGACUGCGACUUUACGAGAUUUGCUCGCAAGCCAAAUGAUGCUGUCUGGUCCCAGUUAUUUGCAAUCCCGCUUGGAUUUGCCUUUACGUCCUUGAUCGGCAUCUUCGUGUCGUCAUCGUCUAGUGUCAUCUAUAAUGAGCCUAUCUGGAACCCUUUAAGCCUGUUGGGUAACUUUAUAGAUGAUGGCGGCGCAGCGCAGCGAUUCGGUGUUUUUGUCAUCUCCUUGGCAUUCGCUGUUGCGCAACUUGGUACCAACAUCUCCGCCAACUCAGUCUCUGCGGGUUCUGAUAUGACAGCUCUGCUUCCUCGAUAUAUUAACAUUCGGCGUGGUGGAUAUAUCUGUGCUGCUGUUGGCUUAGCCAUGUGUCCGUACAACUUGCUUACCAGUGCCAACAACUUCACCACCUAUCUUUCAGCAUAUAGCGUUUUCCUUAGCUCUAUUGCCGGCGUCAUGUCCACUGACUACUAUAUUGUCAGGAAGGGCUAUUUGAGCGUCAAGGAACUCUAUGAUGCACGCAAGACCGGCCCGUAUUUUUACACAUUCGGUGUAAAUUGGCGGGGUUACACGGCAUAUAUUGCCGGAAUCCUCAUGAACGUUGUUGGAUUCGCUGGCGCCGUAGGUCAACAGGUGCCAAAAGGGGCGACAUACAUAUACAACCUCAACUUCUUCUGUGGUUUCAUUGUUUCAUCCUUGACGUACUGGGGUCUCUGUAAAAUCUCCCCGGUACCAGAAACAAGUGACCAGUGGUUGGAGGUUGGGGGUGCGAUUGAUGAUUUGCAAGUUGCAUAUGAUGCUACGAAUGACGAAUAUGACGAGGAGAAGGUGACUGCUAUGCCGGGAAAAGAUGGGAAUCGAGCGACGGGAUUCUAG